AUGAGUUCACCUUUCCACAUUGAUACCAUGUCAAUCUCCAUUGAAGCUUUGGCAAUGGCAGGCGCUAAUUACCUUGAAUGUAGUGUUGAUUUUGAACAGUGGGAGCACCGGGACUUGGAUCCACCUCCACCGCAUUUACUAGCGGAAGAAGAUGCAGAAGAAGAACAUGAAGUUAUGAGGAUGUCCGCAGAAGCUUCUCAUAGUGGGAAGAAACAUGCCCUAGAUGAUGAGGGUGGUGAUGGUGACGAUGACGAUGACGACUUUAAUCCCAAUAAAGAUGAUGGGGAUAGCUCUCGGGAUAAGAAGAUUGAGCUGCCCUAUUUUACUGCUUGUGGUCAAGGCAGCGAUGAUGAUGAUGAGAGCCAUUACAAUUUACAAGGCAAUUGA